AUGAGCUCGUACUUUGUAAACUCGUUCUCAGGGCGCUAUCCAAAUGGCUCCGACUAUCAGUUACUAAAUUAUGGGACUAACGGCGCUGUGAGCGGCUCCUUCAGAGACCCUGGCACCAUGCACUCCGGGUCUUUCGGCUACAACUACAAUGGCAUGGACCUAACCGUGAACCGUACCAACACCGGCAGCCACUUCGGUGCAGUGAGAGAGGAUGCCCGGGGGUUCGCGCCGGACUCCCGGUACAGACAGACACCCAACUGCUCGCUCUCAUCUCCAGACCCGGUGCAGCAGCAGCAGCAGCAGCAGCAACAGCAACAGCAGCAGCAGCAGUCUUCGUGCGUCUCAGGCAACCGGGAGCAGCUGGAACUAAAAAGCCCCUCUCCGCCGAUUGACCGGAGCACGACCUCCUCAAGCUCAGGCGGGAACACUCUCAACAAAAGCAACAACGCUCAUUUCACGGAGAUAGAGGACGCGGCCACCAUCGCCUCUGAGACCGAGGAGGGCGCACACAGCAGCGGGGGAUCCAACGCGGCACCUCGGGCUCAGCAGCAGCAGCAGCAGCAGCAGCAGCAGGAACCCAACGCCACCUCCUCUACUCCCACAUCAAAUGAUUGCCAAACGCCACAAAUAUUCCCCUGGAUGAGGAAACUGCACAUAAGCCAUGAUAUGACUGGACCUGACGGCAAAAGGGCCCGAACCGCGUACACCCGCUACCAGACGCUAGAGCUGGAGAAAGAGUUUCACUUCAAUAGGUACCUAACCAGACGGCGGAGGAUAGAGAUAGCCCACGCCCUGUGUCUCUCCGAAAGACAGAUCAAAAUCUGGUUUCAGAACCGCAGGAUGAAGUGGAAGAAGGACAAUAAACUGAAAAGCAUGAGUCUCGUGACGGGAGGGAGCGCCUUCCACAACUGA